GUGUCAAUCUUUCCGACACCCAAGCUUUAAGCUCGACGUGUCAAUUUCCGAGUAGUAGCUAUCCCAAGUAUAUUUAUAUCCUGGUACCAUACCCAUUCUUUUCCAAAAACACAAAAUGUCCUCUCCAUCAGGAUCCUCCCACGCCGGCAAGCGAAAACGUCCAACAACCGCGAACUCGACCAGGAUGGACGACAAUCCAUUAUUACAACCAUCCUCACGAGAUGCUUCCGGAGAGGAAGGUGAUACCACAGCACCUGAGUCCGGAAGGCUGUCACACCGUAAAUCCGACUCUACCGCAAAUUCCAAUCCAGCCAAGCGCCAACGAGCCAAUUCGAAUCAUACCUCAGCUUUCGAGACUACUAUAGAUCCUGGCGAGCCUAGCGACACUACCGAGGCUAGCAUUGAUAUUGCGGAUCGUGUCACGAGAAAGAGUAGGAAACCUACCGGUUCUAGGGAUGUGACGAUUCAGGACGAUGAAGAGAGGAUGAAGCAAGAAGCAAUGCCACCGCCACCAACUGGCCGCCUCAUACAUCCUGUUGGAUACACAACAAAUUCCCCUCCUACUGGACGAACAAUUAGAGUCUAUGCGGAUGGCGUCUUUGACUUAUUCCAUCUAGGUCAUAUGCGCCAACUUGAACAAGCAAAGAAAGCAUUUGAUGAUGUAUACUUAAUAGUUGGCGUGACUGGCGACGAGGAGACUCACAAGCGUAAAGGUCUCACAGUACUUUCCGGUGCAGAGCGUGCUGAGACAGUCAGGCAUUGCAAAUGGGUUGACGAAGUUGUUGAAAACUGUCCUUGGAUCGUAACACCCGAGUUUCUCGAGAAACACCAGAUUGAUUAUGUCGCCCACGACGAUAUUCCCUACGGUGCCGCAGAGGGUGAUGAUAUCUAUGCGCCCAUUAAAAAGGCCGGCAAGUUUUUGGUAACACAGCGAACUGAAGGAGUGAGCACAACGGGCAUCAUCACAAAGAUUGUCCGUGACUAUGAGAAAUACAUUGCGCGCCAACUUAAACGAGGAACAUCACGGCAGGAACUUAAUGUUAGUUGGCUCAAGAAGAACGAACUCGAUCUUAAGCGCCACGUUCAAGAUCUGCGCGAUAAUAUCAGGUCAAACUGGACUACGACUGGUCAGGAGCUUAGUCGUGAACUCCGCCAAUAUUGGCCUGCAAGCCGACCGCAGAGUCCCUCCCCAGCGAGCCGCUUCUCCAUGCCAUCCACCCCGGGCGCAAAUGGUGACACUAGUUUGCGAGAAACUGCUACAAUGGCCGCUGCUGCCAAAUCACCUACUACACCGGGCGAGAGGGCCCCGGCCCCUAAUGAUUUCAUCACUGGGUAUACUCUUGGGUUAAUCGGUGGCGUCAGAUCGUGGAUGACCAAGAACCGACGUAAUCUUCGAGACAGUCGACCUCCGAGUGAUGACGACUCAGAAAGUGACGACAAGGGCAACGACCGUGGACGUCCAGUCGCGUCGGCAAGUUAGUUGCUCAGACCGCUGAGUCGCCUCCAUGUUAAUGGACAUAUUAAUGUAGAAGGUACCAGGCCAUACGAUGGAGAUAGUC